AUGACUUCAGAAAUUACAAGUCUAGACUUGUCUCUUGCGAAAUAUAUUGUUCCUGAUUAUUUUGGCGGUAGUAAAGAUCUUUUGGAUUUUGUCACGAAGACAGACCAAUUUACAGAAUUGCUGAAAAAGCCGAAUCCAAAUUGUGUGUUCAAUAAACUGCUUUUUCAUAAUAUUAUCGCAAAAAUCAAAGGCGAUGUUAGAGAUUUAUUGAAUAACAGUUCCUGGGUUACUUGGAAGGAUGUCAAAGAUAUUCUUGUUAAUAGAUUCUGUGAUGAAAGAAAUGAAUCUUGUUUAGCUUACGAACUUUCUCCCAUGCGUCAGAAUAACAAAGAAUCUUAA